UCAUGGAUCAACCGGUGGCAAUUUUUUUAUUUCUGACUGCACUAACAACAGCCAGUUGUCUUAAAAUUGAAGACUUAGCUGGAGAAUGGUCACUUAAAGAUGAGUCUGGAGAAUACGUGGACCUAAAGGCUACCGUUCCUGGUGGAAUAUUUACCGACCUUCAAAACAAUGGAGUGAUUGGAGACCUUUACUGGAGAUACGCCGACCAAGAAUUGAAAUGGGUUGCGAGAAGAAACUGGACUUAUUCCAGAACGUUUAAAGUGGAUAGUGAACUUCUUUCCCACGACAACAUCAACAUUAAGUUCGAAGGCUUGGACACAUUUUCCACAAUUCUAAUCAACAAAAAAGAAGUGGGCACCAGCAGAAACAUGUUCGUACAAUAUCUUUAUAAAAUUAAGGACGCUCUUAAGGAGGGUGACAACGAAAUCGAAGUGAAAUUCCAAAGCCCGAUCGAAGUUGGCGAAAACAUUGCUAAACAAUACAUUGAAGGGUAUGUUAUUCCACCCGAAUGCGUGCCCACUGAAUACCGAGGGGAAUGUUACGUCAAUCAGUUGAGGAAGAUGCAGGCGUCUUAUUCCUGGGAUUGGGGGCCAGCGUUCCCGUCUGUAGGAAUCUGGAAAAAUGUUACGAUUGAAGCUUUUAAUGAGUCUAUUAUCCAUUACGUUGUGCCAGAUGUUAUUGAUGAUAACACUGAAGAAUGGACAGUGAGUGUGGAUGUCUAUUUUUCUAACAACGAACCAGAACAAGUUAAAGGUGUGCUCACAGCUGAACUAGAAACGGAUAAAGGUAGUGUCUUAAGAAAAACCACCGUUGAUGUAAUAAGGGAUGAGUAUUAUGAAUUGGUUAAAACCAUUACCAUUACCAUCAAUAAGAAUGAUGUACAAUUAUGGUGGCCAAACGGUUACGGCGACCAAAAACUUUACAAACUUACCAUCAUUUUCACAAGCCAAGAUCUAACAGAAGUAUCUAUUAAAACUGCCAGAAUCGGGUUCAGAACCAUCGAACUGGUGCAAGACAAAGUCGUUCCGGCUCACGGUCGUUACUUCUACUAUAAAGUGAACGGUUAUCCCAUUUUCAUGAAGGGUUCCAAUUCAGUUCCCCUGGACAUUCUUCCGGAGAAAGGAUACGACCCGGUUUUGGUGAGGAGGGUUUUGGAAACGGCUCGGGAUACCAACAUGAACAUGAUCCGCGUUUGGGGCGGGGGUGUGUAUGAGUCGGACGUGUUUUUGGACAUCGCAGAUGACUUAGGUCUUUUGUUGUGGCAUGACUACAUGUGGGCCUCAGCUUUUUACCCAGCCCAUGAUGAUUACUUAAGUAAUGUAAUUGAAGAAGUUCGCCACCAAACCAAGAGGCUUCGUGGUCACGCUUGUAUUGCUACAAUUGCUGCCAAUAACGAAAAUGAAGGCAACGUCAGAAACAAUGCAGGUUGGUUGAAUCAAGGAGACAAGAAUCAAUACCUAAAGGACUACAUUAAAUUAACCAUCGACACAGUCAAACCAGAAGUUCUGAGAAUCACCCACUCGAGAAUUAUUUUCUUGAACUCCAGUCCUACCAACGGUAUAUAUUCGGAUGAGCAAGGUGGUGCUGCUGUAGAUCCCGGAGACAACAAACACGGAGACAUUCACAGCUAUCAAUAUGGUGCGGAGCAUUUCGAUUCCACAACUUAUCCAAUACCUCGUUUUAUAUCCGAAUACGGCCUUCAAUCAUACCCCAGCAUGGAUUCCUUACGUACAAUCACGAAUCAAACUGAAGAUUUUGAAUUGAAAAGCGAUUUUAUGGAAAACAGAAACCACCAUCCAAACGGUAACAACCAAAUCAGAGACAUGGUCAAGAGGCAAUUCAAUAUUCCCCAGGAAGGAACCAAGAAUUAUUUUAAUACCAUCGUGUACUACUCUCAAGUUGUCAACGGUUACGGACUAAAAUGGGCGACUGAACAUUUCCGCAGGUACAGAAGCUUUGAAGCCGAAGACGGCAGAGGAUAUACCAUGGGUGCCCUUUAUUGGCAACUGAACGACGUUUGGGUUGCUCCCUCUUGGGCAAGCAUCGAUUAUCUGGGUCGGUGGAAAGUACUUCAUUACCUGGCGAGGGAAUUUUUCGCCCCCAUUAUAGUUACAGGCCAGAUUUACCAAGAAAGAAGUCUGGAGGUUUAUGGAGUGUCUGACUUGCUGGAACAAUCUACGAAUGGCACGUUAACUUUGGGGGUAUAUGCUUGGACGCAACUAACUCCUCUUGAUGUUAUUACUAAAUCCGUUACUUUGUCACCAUCAGCUUCGCAAUUGUUGUUCCAACACAAUGUGGAUGAAUUUCUUGCUCAAUAUGAAUUAUGCGAAGGCGUCGACAAGGCGAAAAUCAAAUGUCUCAUUCGUCUCACGUUGACGAACGAAUCAGGAGAGUUAAUCGCCCCCGAAAACUUUGUACUUCCCGGUAAAAUAAAAGACGUAUAUCUGGAAACUCCGGAUCUAACCAUUGAAAGUGUCGUUCAAAAUGAUGAGCAGAAUUUCAAAAUAACUUUGAAAACUGACAGGAUCAGUAUGUUUGUGUGGUUGGACGCCCACGAAAUCAGAGGAACUUUUUCACAGAAUUCGUUUCCGAUGUUCACCGAAACUAAGACUGUAACUUUUAAAAGUGAUAGGCCUGUGACUGUUGAAGAAUUUAAGAAAGCCCUCACAGUCACCAACAUCAGAAAUGAUGAAUUCAAAUAG